GUGUAGUUACUAGUUACCUAUCACUGGCUACUGCUCGUGUAUACUUUAAAUAUCAUAAAAUAUUAAUUACCUAAAUAAUAUCAAUACUCAGUAAUUAUUAAUUAAUAUAUAUUAUUUCACGUAAUAUAUCUUGUAAUUUGUUCUAAUUGUUAAUUAUUUUAUUUAAUUAAUUAUUCAUUCAGACUGUAAAUAAUUCAAUUCAUUUUUUGACUGUCAUAUUUCAUGCUGUAUGCCCGUGUGUUAUAGUUGAUCAACGGUGUUGAGUAUUAAAUUUGUUUUUCCGAACACUAUCCAAAUAAUUAAAUAUAAAUGGAAGGCAUGGAAUCAAAUCUAGGGCAGAAUAUUAACAUUUCACCAAAUAUGACUUCUAAAGUUUCCGAUUUUAUAAAUGCUGAACAAGGCAGUUUGCCGGAAUCGUUGAUUAAUUCUAGUGAUAUAUUAUCGGAUGGUGAACAAAAUAAAGAAGCUCUUCUUUCUCAACCAACAAAUGAAGACGAAUUUAAAGAACUUAAAGAACAAACUUAUCAAGAUAUUUUAGGUUCUGGAGAUUUAAUGAAAAAAAUCAUAAGUCCAGGUAAUGUUGAUGAACGACCAAUGAAAGGUGAACAGAUUGUGAUAAAUUUAGUUGGUCGACUUGAAAAUAGUGAUGAUAUAUUUGAAAAAGAAGAAAAUUUUGAAAUCACUCUUGGUGACUGCGAGGUAAUUCAAGGUGUUGAUUUAGCUUUAAGCUUAAUGAAUGUUGGUGAAAUAGCUGAGUUAAAAAUAGCAUCACGAUUUGGUUAUGGUGAAAAGGGAUUGAGUCCAAAGGUUCCAGGUGGAGCUCGAUUAGAUUAUACUGUACAACUAUUAUCUGUAAAACCAGAAAUACUUCCAGAUGACCUUACUCCAAUUGAAAGGCUUAACAUUGGGCUCAAAAAAAAAGAUAAAGGAAACUGGUGGUAUGCACGUAAUGAAAAUACUAUGGCUUUACACGUUUAUCGAAAAGCACUUCAAUAUUUUGGCGGACCAGGAGAUAAAAUUGAUUCAGAUUCAGAACAAAAUGAUAUUCUGUGUGAACGUGUCAAGACAUUAAACAACAUGGCAGCUGUCCAUAUGUCUAUGAAUAGUUUAGAUUUAGCUUUAAGUACAUUGGAUAAUGUGCUCGCUGUUGAACCUCAUAAUGAAAAAGCAAUUAUGCGUAAGGGUAAAGUACUAGCAUUAAAAGGACAAAAUGUAGCAGCUGCUCGUGAGCUUGAAAAAGCAUUGCAAAUAAAUCCAAAUAAUAAAACUGUUCAAAACAUACUUAGCAAUGUUAAAGCAGCAUUAGUCAAAGAGAGAGUGCAAGAAAGAGAAUUAUAUAAGAAAAUGUUGGGACAUAAAGAUGAUAAUGAAAAAUCAGCAAAAGACGAAAAAAAUACGAGCACAACGUUUAUAAUCAGUGGGCUUGUUGCUGGAUUAGCAGUAAUUUGUGGAUACUGUUACCUUAACAACAACUUUCCUUUCAGCAAAUUUAGUACUUUAUAGUUUAUUUAGGGUAUAUUCAUUAUGUCUUACAUUCAACAAUUAAAACAUUCUAUACUGUUAAUUGUGAUUCUAUUUGACUACAAAUAUCUUCAAAUUUAAUUUAAAACAAUAUUUUGUAAGACAAAAAUUUGUGGCCAGUUAAAUUAAGUUAUAUAAUUUUAUUGUUUUUAUGCAUUUUUAAUUUAAAUUUUGUUCCGUGUUCAUUAUUAUAUUAUUUUGGUACUUUUGGUAUUGUUGUUUUUGUACAUAUUUAUUAAUAGAUAAUUAAAAUAUGAUUUUACUGUA